AUGCAGCCGGUGCCCUUCCCCCCGGACGCCCUGCUGGGCCCGGGCAUCCCCCGCCACGCCCGCCAGAUCCACAUGCUCAACCACGGCGAGGUGGGUGUGGAUCUGGCGGGCGUGGCGGGGGAUGCCCGGCCCCAGCAGGGCGUCCGGGGGGAAGGGCACCGGCUGCAUCUGACCGUCCGCGCUCACGUGGAAAGAGUAGGCCCUGGGGGGAGGGGAGCGGCCAUAGCCUGCAGCAGCGGCAGCAGCUGCCGCCGCGCCGUUCAUCUGGGGGGAGACCAGGUGGAGGCCGGCGCCGUAGCCCCCCGACCCGGGCAGGUCCCCGUUCACCCCCGGCGGGGGCAGGCCGAAAGCCCCCGGGGGGUACGCCCCCUGCACCGCCAGGGGGUUCCUCAGACCCAGAGCUGGAGUCUGGAACUUACCGAUGGGGUCCACCCCGGGCUUUCCUGGGACCGGUCUGAACUGCGGCGGCCCACUCGGUCCCGGAGUGUUGGAGUCCUGAGACAUGGGGGUACCUGGCUUCAUACCCGGAGUGCUGGACUUCUCCCUCUGGAGCGGGGAAAAGGAAACAGGAAAAAUGAAAGUCAUAUCAGAACAGAAAAGAACGCACAAGAGAUUGAGCGAAAGACAUUUUAA